ACUUUAGAUUUUUUUGAUAAUGGCAGAGGUGGGUAAUUUAGAUACAUAUUUAAGGGGUUACUUUAGUCUGUUUUUAUAAUGGCAGAGCUGGGUAAUUUAGUAGAAAAUAUAAUAGAUCCAAUGACUAUUAUAAUUAGAUUAGAGAGUUGCUGGAUCGAUGGCUGAAUGUUUAUAAUUUUUGUGAGAAAUUUCUAGAAUUUUUCUUUUUUUUAGAGUGUUCACUUAGGAUCCUAGGUGGCUUCACAUAGAGGCUUGAAAUGAGUUUCUAAUUAGUAAUAGUAAGAUCUUUAUCAUAUAAAUAAGGACACUGCUAAUUUACAGCCGGCCGUAAAGUAGACCAGCCGUACGGCCGCCCCGAUAAUGGGUGUACGCAUGCAUGUGAGAGACAAGGAGAGAAGAAAAAAGUACAUGUAUGCACAUAAUUUUGAAGAUAAAAAUAUUAUAGUUUCAAAAUCGAGCAUCGAAAAUCAAAAUCUGAUUGCACAGUUGUGUUUGUUUUAAUAAAAGCUUCAAAAAAAGAUCUCACACCACUAUGUUUUAAUGAUAUAUUCUUUUUUGAGAAAAAAUACCUUUUCACGUAUUCUAAUUUGCUUAUGAUGUUUGCAAAAAUUGCUUAUGGAUUUACAUAAUAUUGCUUCGCAUGCUUGAGUUCAGUUAAGUGGGUAUUAAUGUUAUAAUGUUGUAAAGAUAGAUUGUUUGGUGUUAUUAGUGGAUAAGGGUAAACAACUUUGUUAGGUAGGUGAAUGUUGAUUGCAUGGAUCAAUACUAGGCAACUUUAGCAAAUUGGUUUAGCAUUUUAACUAAUUUAUUUUGUCAUUUUUUCAUUGUACAUAAAGCAAUUUAUGUGUCUUCGAAAAUAUUGUCAAAACAUAUUGAAGUGGGGUCUUGUUUUGAAGGUCUCAUCGAAAGAGAUAUAAUUGUGCAAUCGGAAUUUGAAUUUGAUGUAUAGUUUAGAAACUACAAUUUUUUAAGUUUCAAAAUCGUUUGCACGUGUACUUUCCGUGAGUCGGAGUGCGCCAAUUUAAGCUGCUGUGCAGUAGAGCAAACGUACGACCGGCGUUAAUAAAGUCAUUACCUAUAAAUAAAUUAUUGGUUUAAAAAUGUGAGAUAAAGUAGCACCUAGAGUCCUAGACAUAGAGGCCAUACUCUCAAGUGGAAAGGCCUGAAUGGUUAUUUCGCGGAAGCUCCAGCGGUAAAGUAGAAUCAAUAAAGACGUAGUAUAUAUAACUUCAUAACUAGCGGCAGUAGUAUAUCCUGUUGUCUCAUCGAAUUUUCUUUAGCGAGCACACCAUGCAUGGGAACUGAUUAUUAAGAAGUAAUUAAUGGACCAAACUAAGAGCCGCCAUUAGGAACCAAUUAAAACCACUGCAAGGAUCGAUGCAUGCAAACUCGAAUACAUUUUGGAAUCAGAUGCUGUCGCCUGUGGUGGCCCCCUUCAGUGCGCAAACACGAGCUGAUCGUCCCACUGGCCAUUGCUGACUCUCGUACUACCAGAAUACUUUGGCUGACUCUCGUACUAGCUGUCAUUGAUGAGUAUAUGGAGAGUCGUCUUCAUCCUUUGGCUGCUUCAAUGGGACCGGAUCUCCAGCUGGAGUAGUACGCAUCUGUUCGGAGACUAUCUCUAAUCAACGACCCAACAGGCGACUUGACGCCGAAGCACUUCAACAUCUGCCAUUGUCCACUUUGCAUCCCAUGCAUCCUUAUCUUUACUCUCUUCUUUUUAUUCAUUCAUAUUCUGACAUAAUACUUUUUAGUAUUUAUCCCAGGUUGAACAAUACUUUAUCCCGGCCGCGAGGAAGAUUAUAUUUCUACCCAUGCUAUGCUAUGGACUGCAAGGAUGGAGUCAGGCAUGUGGCCAGGGGCGGAGAGAAGGCAUGGUGGGGAUGGGGUGUAUGAGUUCCAAGCAACAUGCGUUCGGAGCUCGUGAAUGCCAAUUUCAAAUUCCGAGGUUGAAUAUCUACCAAUGAUGUGGUGUAUGAGUAUGGGGCACAACAAUGGAGGCAGAGAAGGCAAGCAAGCAAAUCCAGAAAGAAGAUUGCAGAUAAGAACCUACAAAAAAGGAUAGACAUGACAAAUUACAGGAAAACAUAAUCCAAAGAGAAACAGAUUAUGAUCAGGAAAACAUAUCUACUGAAGGAAGACAGAUUCAACAGGUACUUUAAACUACUGCUGCAUUAGUAUCUUUGGGAUUUUGCGACACAUUUGAAAUACCUGGAACUGACAUAAAAACCAUUGGUUAUAGGAAACUGAAGCAACAUAUGCAGGUCUGGAGACAAACUGUACUCAAAUGCAAAAUUAUGAUGCAGGUGAAAGUAAUUUCAUGCAGGUGGCUGAUUCAACUUUUGAUAGUUCUCAAAUGAGUUGUAGUCAAAUGCUUCGUCAAAUGAUGACAACACAAAACAUGUCUAGUAUAAAUGAUGAACAAUCAACAUAUCUCAUGGAUGCACCUAUAGACAGCUUUACAAGAAUGCUAACAGAGCCAUAUUAUUUUGAGAACAACAUGGUGAUUACAGCAAGUAGGAUAGGUGAAGAAACAACUGAUUAUACAUAUGGCAACACAUUUGCCAAAUCGAAUGUGCCAUCAAACGAGUGUGACAACACAAGCAACAAAGAGGCAAGCACAUUGAACUGCAACAGUGAGAUUGAAAAUUUGGAUCCUACCGAGGAAGAACUUGAGGAACACUGGUACAUCGACCUAUUCAAGCGUAUAGAACAUAGUGAGGAAGGCAUGCGGCAGCAAAUACAUGGAGAAAGAGAAGAAGAAGAUGAACAAGAACAAGAACAAGAAGAUGUUGUGAACAAUACAAACAAAAAUACUUCUCAAGAUCAGCAAACAGAACAGCUUGAAGAGGAAGAUGUUGAAAACUUCUUGGAAAAUGAAAGAAUAGCAUCAAGUCAGGAGAAAGUUUCAGAAAUAGAUAGUCAAUAUGUUCCGCAUGAGGGGAUGGAAUUUAGUCCAUCAAGUGAAGGUCAUAAAUUCUUCAAUUACUAUGGUUAUUUGGCUGGAUUUGCAGUAGUGAUAGCUCAUCAUGCACGGACACAAAGCAGGAAAAGAAACAAAGAGAUCAUAAGAAUCACCUACAAAUGCAACAGACAAGGAAUGCAAGACACAUCAAAAGAGGGCAACACACAAGAGGAAGAGAUAAUUGCAGAAAGAGAUACAAAUGUGCUAGUGAAGACAAACUGCAAGUGUUGUAUGGUAAUAUCAGAAAGAAAAGGCAUAUGGAGAGUUACAAGGCUGCAGCUAGAGCACAAUCAUCCAAUGAGUCCAGGGGCAAAGUAUUUUAGAGCACAUAAAAAUAUGACAGACCAGGAAAAGAAGAUGAUAAGGACACUACAUGAAUGCAAUAUACCAACCAAAAAAAUGAUGUACCUUUUAUCAUUUCUUCGUGGCAGUCUUGGGGCAACACCCUACAGAGACAAAGACAUCACAAAUUACAGAGGUAAAAUUAGUAGAGAGACAAAUCAGAAUGACAUGAUGCAAGCGCUCAUGUACUUGACAAAGAAAAAAGAGGAAGAUCCAAGUUUCUAUUUCAGGUUUUUAGUGGAUUCAACCCACAAGGUUAAGUGCAUAUUUUGGACAGACCCAAGAUCAAUCAGAUACUAUCAAAAUUUUGGGGAUUGUGUGAGUUUUGACACCACAUACCUGACAAACAAAUAUCGCAUGCCGUUUGCGCCCUUUGCUGGUAUCACGGGCCAUGGACUCACUUGUAUCUUUGGUUGUGCACUAAUUUCUGAUGAGACCACUAACACAUUCAAAUGGCUUUUCCAAACAUUCCUGGAAGCAGUUGGUGGCAAAGAACCCAUCUCAAUCAUGACAGAUCAAGAUGGGGCAAUGAGGUCAGCAAUAGCACAGAUUUUUCCGAACGCCAGUCACAGAAGUUGUGUGUUUCACAUCAAGUACAAGGCUGAAUUGAAAUGUGGUAGGCGCCAUAUAAAGAAAAUCUUAGAGAGGAAUUCAAAGACAUUAUAGACAACUCAUUGACAAAAGAAGAAUUUGAGACACUAUGGCAACAAAUGAUACAAAAGCAUGAGAUACAACACAUAAAGUAUUUCCAGGAUAUAUACAACACUAGAGAGACAUGGGCACCGGUAUGGUUCAAGCAGGAAUUCUAUCCAUUCAUAAAUACAACAUCAAGAAGUGAAGGUACAAAUGCAAGAUACAAGAGAAAUGUCGGUCCUCAAUACAGCAUUACAAGCUUCCUAAAAGAGUAUGAAAGAAUUCAAGAGACAAUAUAUGACAAUGAGAGACAAGCUGAUCAUGAGACAAACAUCAAGAAAAAAUCUAAGUUGUGGUCAAACUAUUGCAUAGAACAACAAGCACAGGAAGCUUAUAACUUGAAAAUAUUCAAGAAAUUCCAAUGGCAACUUAGGUGUGCGACUAAACUACAAGCAGAUGAGUUGGAGAAAGGCAAGCUCUACAAAGUUUACACAACACCAGAUCAUCCAUUCAAAGAGUUCAGAAGUAGAACAUACAUAGUGGCUGCGGAUCAACAAAAUCAAGACUUCUCUUGUAUCUGUGCAAAGUUCCAAAAAGAUGGUAUGUUAUGUUGCCACAUCCUGAAAGUAAUGGUAAAUAAUGACAUCAGCAAGAUACCAGAGAAGUAUAUUAUAGAUAGAUGGAGAAAGAAGGAGCAAAAGAUGUUCUGCAACAGACCAAUAAACUUACCUAUAGAGGCUACUGCUCUCAGAUACAAUAAUCUUUCACUCAUGGCAGCGGAAAUGAACUCAGAGGGAUCAAAAACAGAAGAAAGAUACAGCUACCUCAGCAAAGAGAUAGACAUAAUCAUAAAGGAAUUAAAGAAUAUGGAUUCAGAAAAACAACCAGAGGCAAAGGAACAAUCAAAUGGUUCAACAAAUAUCAACAACCCACAGACAAACUCAAUCAUAAUAUUGAAAGAUCCAGAUAUUGCUGCAACAAAAGGGAGACCAUCAAAAUCAAACAAAAGAAAAAAGCCAAUAUCAGAGCAAAUGAGGAGUGGAAAGAAGAAAUAUAACUGCCAAAAAUGCAACGGUUUAGGGCACAAUACAACAACAUGUACAACAAUAACUCAAGCCAAAGGUAAAGCAGGUGCAGCAACAGCAAAAUAAAAAAAAGCAACACAAACAAGGCAAAUACAGUUGCAGAAGAAACAGGAUGAAGCUACAAAAAAAUAUGGCGGAGCUGAUAAAUUCAUAGUUAUCGAUGAAUUUCUCAUAGAUUGUACUAGAUUGCUAUGUAUGUAAUAUGUAAGCUUUUACAAUGGUUUCGAGCCCAAAGUUCGUAAGUUUUUUUGUCUAGGACACUAUAUCAACUAAUAACAAGACAGCGGUAUUUUUUGGUCACAAAAAUACAAUGUGUUAUUUGUG